AUGCCCUUGGGUAGCUUCUCAACGUACUCUGCGUGGGUGCGCUCAGAACCUCAAGAGAACGAGGACUUUCCAUGGCUUCAAAAUUCCUACACCAAACUGACACUACUUACAUGUUUCCUUUCGGAAGCCCUCAAGCUCAUCAGUGAAAAGCAGGACACCAAGGAUGACUCCUCUUCCUCCCCCUCCUCGUCCUCCUCCUCCACCUCCUCUCAGGCCAGGAUCAAGGCUCAACUCCUUGACUGCUCCAACCGCUUCUUCACCCUCAUCCCCCACGACUUCGGCAUGAAGAAACCCCCCAUCCUGGACGAUUUGGAGCUUAUCAAGGCUAAGGUGGCCAUGCUGGACAACCUGAGUGAGAUCGAGGUGGUGUACAACCUUCUGAAGUCUGAGGGCAACGAGGACAAGGACACAGACCCGAUCGACAAGCACUACGGCAAACUCAACACCAAGAUCGAGGUGGUGGACAAGAAGUCGGACGAGUUCAGCAUGAUCAAGAAAUAUGUCAACAACACUCACGCAUCCACACAUGGACAUUAUAAGCUGGUGGUGAAGGAGUCCUGUGUCUCUGGUGCAAAAUCUAAUAGUUUUUACAAUGAGGAGAGUUCAACCGAGCCGUGGAAAUCACACACACAUUUUGAUUUGUAUUUCCACGUCAAGUCCAAUCCACUCAAAUCAAAUCCAGGACAGAUCCAGCAAUAA